AUGGCGGGCGGCCGGGCCGGGCCGGGGGCGCUGCUGGCGGUGCUGGCGCUGCGGGCGCUGGGGGCGGCGGCGCACCCGCAGUGCCUGGACUUCAGGCCGCCCUUCCGGCCGCCGCAGCCGCUGCGCCUCUGCGCGCAGUACUCGGCCUUCGGCUGCUGCACCCCGGAGCGGGACGCGGAGCUGGCGCGCCGCUUCGGAGCCCUGGCGGCCCGCGUGGACGCCGCCGAGUGGGCCGCGUGCGCCGGCUACGCGCUCGACCUGCUGUGCCAGGAAUGCUCGCCGUACGCGGCCCACCUCUACGACGCCGAGGACCCGUCCACGCCCCUGAGGACGGUGCCCGGGCUCUGCGAGGACUACUGCCUGGACAUGUGGCAGACGUGUCGGGGCCUGUUCCGCCACCUGUCGCCCGACCGAGAGCUCUGGGCCCUGGAGGGCAACCGUGCCAAGUUCUGCCGCUACCUGUCGCUGGACGACGCCGACUACUGCUUCCCCCGCCUGCUGGUCAACAAGAACCUCAACUCCAACCUGGGCCGCGUGGUGGCCGACGCCAAGGGCUGCCUCCAGCUGUGCCUGGAGGAGGUGGCCAACGGGCUGCGCAACCCGGUGGCCAUGGUGCACGCCCGGGACGGCACCCACCGCUUCUUCGUGGCCGAGCAGGUGGGGCUGGUGUGGGCCUACCUGCCCGACCGCUCGCGGCUGGACAAGCCCUUCCUGAACGUCAGCCGGGCGGUGCUCACCUCGCCCUGGGAGGGCGACGAGCGGGGCUUCCUGGGCCUAGCCUUCCACCCCGGCUUCCGGCACAACGGCAAGCUCUACGUCUACUACUCAGUGGGGUCCGGCUUCGACGAGUGGAUCCGCAUCAGCGAGUUCAGGGUGUCCGCUGACGACAUGAACACCGUGGACCACGGCUCUGAGAGGAUAAUCCUGGAGAUCGAAGAACCAGCCUCAAACCACAACGGGGGCCAGCUGCUGUUCGGGGACGAUGGGUAUCUCUACAUCUUUACUGGUGAUGGCGGGAUGGCCGGAGACCCCUUUGGAAAGUUUGGAAAUGCCCAAAACAAGUCGGCGCUGCUGGGCAAGGUGCUGCGCAUCGACGUGGACCACAACGAGCGCGGCCCGCUCUACCGCAUCCCGCGCGACAACCCGUUCGUGGGCGACCCCGCGGCGCGGCCCGAGGUCUACGCCCUGGGCGUGCGCAACAUGUGGCGCUGCUCCUUCGACCGCGGGGACCCGGCGACCGGCGCGGGCCGCGGGCGCCUCUUCUGCGGAGACGUGGGCCAGAACAAGUUCGAGGAGGUGGACCUGGUGGAGCGCGGCCGCAACUACGGCUGGCGCGCGCGCGAAGGCUACGAGUGCUACGACCGCAAGCUGUGCGCCAACGCCUCCCUCGAUGACGUGCUGCCGAUUUUCGCCUACCCGCACAAGCUGGGCAAGUCGGUCACGGGGGGCUAUGUGUACCGGGGCUGUGAGUACCCCAACCUGAACGGCCUCUACAUUUUCGGCGACUUUAUGAGUGGGCGUCUGAUGUCCCUCCGCGAGAACCUGGAGACAGGCCAGUGGCGAUACAGCGAGAUCUGCAUGGGUCGAGGCCAGACCUGUGCGUUCCCGGGCCUCAUUAACAACUACUACCCUCAUAUCAUCUCCUUUGCUGAAGAUGAGGCCGGGGAGCUGUACUUCAUGUCAACGGGCGUGCCAAGUGCCACAGCGGCCCGUGGGGUUGUCUACAAAGUGAUCGACCCCUCCAGACGGGCACCACCCGGCAAGUGUCGGAUCCAGCCUGCCCAGGUGAAGGUGAGGAGCCACCUCAUCCGUUUUGUGCCCAAAGAAAAGUUCAUCCGGAGGGCAGAGAGCACCCCGCGGCCCCCAGCGCGAGCACCCACCCAGGCGCCCCGCCACCGCCGCCCCACGGCUGCCGCGCCCGCGCCCACCCCGCGCCCCGCAAGGCCCACCCGGCGGCCCGGGGGUCGGAGGGGUGGCGGGCGGCGGCGGGGUCGACCCGGUACCGCGGACCCCGCGCCCCCGGCCGGCGCCGUGCGCCUGGUGCGGCCCGCGGGCCUGAGUCCCGGGCGCGGGCGCGUGGAGGUGUUCGCGGGAGGACGCUGGGGCACCGUGUGCGACGACGCGUGGGACACCAAGGCUGCCGCCGUCGUGUGCCGCCAGCUGGGCUUUGCGCACGCCGCGCGGGCCACCAAGCGCGCGGAGUUCGGGGAGGGCCGCGCGCUGCCCAUCCUGCUGGACGACGUGCGCUGCGCGGGCAGCGAGCGCAACCUGCUGGAGUGCACGCACGCCGGCGUGGGGACUCACAACUGCGAGCACCAGGAGGACGCGGGCGUCGUGUGCAGCCACGAGGACCCCGACCUGUAGGCGAGCACCGCCUCCACCCGCCGCAGCGUGGCGGGGCCCCUGCGCCCUGUGCGCCUGGUGCGCGCGACCCGGCGGGCCGAGGGGGCUCGUCUGUAACGCUGUCCCGUGGCCGCGUGGGCCGUCGGGGGUGCAGGGCUCGCGUGCUCUCUGUGUCCCCGCCCCUGUGUCUUCCGCAGGCCAGAAGCCACAGCGUGUUGGGGUCUGUGUGGCCAUGGGCCCCAGGUGUUCUUUUCUUACCUCCAAACAUCUCAGGCACGCGCAGGCACAGUCUGGCCACCGACCCUGAGCACCAGGACGACCAUCCUUCAAGGGCAGGCUUGCCCUUGGGCACAUUAACGGAGGCAUAGCUGGCAGAUUGAGGGAGGGGACCAGGCCUGUCCUGCCCCGGGCUAGAGUGGAGGGCCCUGGACCAUCUGGAGUGUGGCCUGAGGAAGGUGACUCAAAGAUUGGGUGGCCUGGCAGGUAGAGGUGCCGAAGAGAACAGGUAGGCAUCCCGUGGGGCAAAGGGAAGCUGUUAGACGGAUGGGUCCAGGGUGAACUGUGGGCUGUGGCUGUCUGGGUGAGGAUCAGGCUCCCUGGGGAAGUGAGCAUCCGGGGAGGGCCGGCUGGGGGACGGGGUACUAGCUCACCUCUGGGAGAAGCCUCCUGGUCCCCUUGGGCUUCAUCAACAUGCUGGGGCCAUGUGGGUGCUCCGGGGACAGCGCUGGGGCCCCUGGCCCUGAGACCUGACCCCCUAGUGCUCACUGGGCCAGAAGCCACCCACCUGGCCACUCCAAGCACCAUGCCACCCAGUGAGUAGGGCAUCAGGCUUCUCCACUUUAAAGGUGGUGUUGGGGCCACUGGAGCCACCUUGGUCAUCUCCAUCCACACGCUGCACAGUGAAAUCCCAGGGGACCCCCACCACACCCCUGCCCAGGGGUCCAGAAGGUCUCCUAAUGCUCUGUCACCCAAUGAUGUGCCAACAACGUGACUGUUUACAACCCCC